AUGGCUGUUUUGCCAAUCUCAACCCCCGCUCCAACAAUUGAACAUUUCACAGUGAACUUCACCAUAACCAAUUUCAAAUAUGAUGCACACCUGGGAUCUCCUCAUUCUGCCCGGUUCAAUGCUACUGAGAAAGCCUUGAUCUUGUCGGUAAGUAGGACUGGCUCACAGCCUUUCUGGGCAGUUUGGGGUAUCUGGUGCUAUCAGCAGUACGACAGACUAAUGACAUCCUCUCUUUGCCAGCUCAACCCAAUAUUUGGAAACAGCAGCAUCGGCCCAGAUUAUAUGAAAUGUGAAGUGACGGCUUACAGCCCUGUGGAAAAUGGCGACGGCACGCACGUCGAUGCCCUGUGCACCUACCGAAAUGACUCCACCAGACCCAAGUUCGACAGAGCGAAGGUUUACCACGAGCUGAGCAACAAGACAGGAGACAUCACUAAAUUAGGUCCUUACAACCUGGACAACAGCAGUCUCUACGUCAAUGAAUACAACGAAGCACUUCUUGGACCAACUCUGAGCCUCACUACCCCCCAAAGUCCAACAGCUGGGCAUUUCACACUGAACUUCACCUUGACCAACCUCCGCUACACCACAGACUUGGGGACACCGGGUUCCCGCAAAUUCAAUUCUACAGAGAAAACAAUACUGUAUUAUAUUGAGCCUCUGCUCAGAAACAGCAGCAUUGGCCCGGUCUACACUGGAUGCAAAGUGAUGGCAUUUAGGUCGGUGAAGAACAGGGAUGACACCGGGGUAGAUGCCUUGUGCAGCUACAGGAAUGAGGCCACAGCGCCCAAGUUGGACAGAGUGAAGGUUUACCGGGAGCUGAGCAGCAUGACGAAGGACAUCACCACGUUAGGGCAAUACAACCUGGAUAACAAGAGCCUCUAUGUCAAUGAAUACAAUGAAGCACUUCUUGGACCGACUCUGAGUCUCACUACCCCCCAAAGUCCAACAGCUGGGCAUUUCACACUGAACAUCACCUUAACCAACCUCCGCUACACCACAGACCUGGGGACACCGGGUUCCCGCAAAUUCAAUUCUACCGAGAAAACAAUACUGUAUUAUAUUGAGCCUCUGCUCAGAAACAGCAGCAUUGGCCCGGUCUACACUGGAUGCAAAGUGAUGGCAUUUAGGUCUGCGAAUAAUAAGGACACCGGGAUCAAUGCAGUCUGCAGCUACAAAAACAACUCCACAGUCGCCACGUUUGACAGAGUGAAGCUCUAUCAUGAGCUGAGCGGCAUGACAAAGGGCAUCACCACGCUCGGACCCUACACCGUGGAGAAGAACAGCCUUUAUGUGAAUGGUUUCCGCCUCUCAGACAUAGCUACUACUACAGAACCUCCUCCCACGGUGACUCCAGAGACUGUGGGGUAUCUGCUCAACUUCAAAAUAAUCAAUGUAAACCUAACCAACCCAGACCCGACGUCUUCGGCCUACCAAGCAUUACAGAAAGACAUUGCUGACAAGAUUAACCAGCUGUACAAAAAGAGUGACCUUCAAGGCAGAUUCCUGUACUGCAGCGUCACAGGCUUGAGGAUUGGCUCUGUAGUGGUCGACUGCCACUGCUACUUCAAGCCAGCGCCCAACCGCAGCGAGGAGACCGUUCUAAGCGCCUUUCAGGACGGAACGAGGAAUGCAAGCGCACAAUGGCUGGGAGGCAGCUACCAGCUGCAGGGAGCCAGCGUGAAUGUUUUGGAGCCAGUUAUUAAGCCAGUCACUCAGCCGCCCGUCAGUGCUGUGCGAGAGACUUUCAGGUUAAACUUCACCAUCACUAACCUCUUCUACUCGUCCGAACUGAAACAACCCAAUUCAAAUCCUCACCGACUGAACAAGCUGAUGAUUGAGCAAGCGCUUGACAACAUUUUCAGAAAUAGCAGCGUCAAGAACUACUUCGCUGGCUGUUCAGUUGAAAGCUUUAGGCCCAUCUCCGGGAAAACUUACACUGGUAUUAAUGCCGUCUGCAAAUUUAUGCUGGACAGCACCUCCAGGGCCUUUCAAAGAGAAGAAGUGUAUGAGGAGUUUAAACAUCUCACCAACGGAGUCACUCAGCUGGGGGACAGCUACACGCUAGACAAGGAUAGCUUGCUUGUUAAUGAUUAUUCUCCUCUCAACACAAUGGCAGGAGAGCCUGGUAGAUCGGAGCUCCCAUUCUGGGCCAUAAUCCUCAUCUGCCUCUCGGCAUUGCUUGGCUUGAUUCUCCUCCUCCUCGUGUGUUUCUUGAUUGCCUUUUGUCUGAGAAGAAAGGAAGGCUUGUACGACGUCCAACAGAGCAUAUACGGGGUCUAUUUCCCACAUCUGGACAUGAGAAAAAUGCACUGACGAACGUAUUGCCGAGACGAACUCCUUGCACUCAGAAGUGUCUCUUCUCACUGACUCAUUCAUCCACCAAGAGAAAAAAUGUUUACAACUGCAGUAAAGAAUUUUCUAUUUUUCCCUUAGUAAAUUAUGAUUAGCCCGAGACACAUCUUUCCUUGUGGCCUUUAUACAGAAAACCUUUGCACUGAUCCCAGCAAUUAUUUUGUACUGUGGAAAACUGCCAGCAAUGAAGAUGUAUUGGGGAUAGAUAUUUAUUUUUUUACACACUGUGGGAUUUUGAGCAAAUGUUAUACAUCCAAAAAAAUAAAACAGAAAAUGAAGUGAACGCUAGAUGUAUGCAGUCUACAGAGCUCCUCAGUGUUAUGUAGUUUUUCUGAAGGGGGAGAUUAAAAUUAUGCUCAUUUAUGGUGUUUUAGUUACUAACUAUUGUAAAUGAACAAACCCAAGAAAAAAGCACUUUAAUUCUACUUUGUUUGUUUUCUGCUUUAUCAUU